AUGGGGGCUGCUGGCAACAGGGGUGUGACGCUGGGGGACACCCAGGCAGACAGAACUGACCCUUUUUCUCUCUCAGAGCUAAAUGCCUCCAGGGCCCGUGGCAGCAACCACAGCGUGAACAGCCUGCCAGGACCGCCGGCCACCUGCGGAUCCACACAAGGGUCUGUGGUCAGCUGGGCCGAAUCCUUUGAGACGCUGCUGCAGGACCGUGUGGCUGUCACCUACUUCACUGAGUUCCUCAAGAAGGAGUUCAGUGCCGAAAAUGUCUACUUCUGGCAGGCAUGCGAGCGCUUCCAGCAGAUCCCGGCCAGUGAAACGCAGCAGCUGGCCCAGGAGGCACGGCGGAUCUAUGAUGAGUUCCUCUCCAGCCACUCUGUCACUCCCGUGAACAUCGACAAGCAGGCCUGGAUUGGGGAGGACAUGCUGGCCACCCCCUCCCCAGACAUGUUUCGCAUCCAGCAGCUCCAGAUCUUUAACCUGAUGAAGUUUGACAGCUACACGCGCUUCGUUAAAUCCCCGCUCUACCAGGCCUGCCUGCGGGCAGAGAGCCAGGGACAGCCCCUGCCUGACCUGCGGCCCCACUCCCGCAGCAGCAGCCCCCCGCCUGACCUCAGCAAGAAGUCAAAGCUGAAGCUGGGCAAGUCCCUGCCACUGGGUGUGGAGACGGCGGGCAGUGGUGCCAACCGCAGCCCCCGCCGGUCCUUCAGGAAGGGAGAACGGCGGGAGCCCUCCUGGGCAGAAGGGGGAGAAGGCGGUGGGAAUGCCAUGCUGUGGCGGGAGUCCCAGGGCUCGCUCAACUCCUCAGCCAGCCUGGACCUGGGCUUCCUGUCCUCGGCCAGCACGUCUGCCAGCCCCUGGACAGAGGUCUACCUGGUGGGGAAGGAGCAGGCAGGGUGUGCAGAGGGGAGAGGGGCCUCCAGGCUGGGACCACAUUGCCACUCUGCUUGCUCUCUCCUGAUGGUUUGGCUCUUGCAGAAAGCGCUGGUGCUGGACCAGGAGUGCUGUGUGUUGGCAGACCAGGAGGUGAAGCUGGAAAACAGGAUAAGCUUUGAGCUGGAAAUCUCCUCCCUCAAUAAGACCAUCCGCAUCACAGCGAAGUCAACCAAGCGCAUCCGGGAAGCGCUGCAGCCCGUGCUGGGGAAGUACGGUGUGAGCAUGGAGCUGGCGUUGCUGCGGCGGCAAGGCGAACCAGCCGCCCUGGACCUGGAGAAGCUGGUCAGCACAGUGGCUGCUCAGAAACUUGUCCUGGAAACACCGGCAGACAUGCGAGUGACGGAAAGUGCCGAGGCUGCAGCCGCCCCCUCCCCACUCCGGAGCGAGGAGGGAAGCCCGACAGGAGCAGAGCCCGACACACUGUGGGAGAUGCCCUCCUCCUUCCCCCGGCCCAGGUCUUCAGCUGCCACAAACCUGAACCGCCGCACAUACGACCUGGAAGGGCUGGUGGUGCAGCUGAACCGUGCCCAGAGCUGCCGGGCCAAUGACCAGCGUGGGCUGCUCUCCAAGGAGGACCUGGUCCUGCCUGACUUCCUCCAGCUCCCCAGGCAGGGCGACAGUGCCUGUGUGGGGUCGGAUCAGCCCCCAGCCCCUCACCCAGGCUCCGAGGGAAACGGCCAUCCUCAGCCUGCAGAGCCGGCGCCGGCUCAGCCUCCGGUUGACCACGAGCUCCGAUGA